AAUCCAACCUACCUUUAAACUGUUUGAACUGUCCAUGUUGUACCCAAAACUUUACCAAAUCAAAAAAUUAUUAUUAUUUUAUUAUAUCCUAACAAGAACGCUUUUCACGAAUAUACAUUCUAUAUAAACGAACGUGUUUCACAAUGAAUUCAAAUGUUUAAGUAUUCAACAAGCUUUGAAAGAAACUGAAACAAAAAUGGCGAUUUCAAGUAAGACAGUAUUGCUUACCUCUAACGCCGACGAUAUUUCUCACGGCAUUGCUUUCCAUUUAGCCAAACAAGGAUGCAGAUUGGUUUUGAUGGGAAACGCAACGAGUUUACAGAGUAUUGCACAGAAAAUAACGGAUUCGGUUACCGGUUCUGUUUCUGUGCAUGUGGUUGAAUUGGAUUUUGAGAAUGAAGAUGAAUCCGUUUUUCAUCAUGCUGUUGAUAAGGCUUGUAAGAUUUUGGGGAGAUUGGAUGCUUUUGUUAACUGUUACUCUUAUGAAGGAAAGGUGCAAGAUCAUCUCGAGUUAGCUGAGAGCGAGUACAAAAAAAUUGUUAGGGUAAAUUUUAUGGCUCCGUGGUUUUUGUUAAAGGCUGUUGGCCAAAGGAUGCGUAACUUCAACACUGGAGGGUCCAUUGUAUUUUUAACAUCGAUAAUGGGUUCUGAAAGAGGGCUUUAUCCAGGAGCUGCUGCAUAUGCCUCAGCCCUGGCUGGAGUUCAACAGUUAGUUCGGGCAUCCGCUAUGGAGAUAGGGAAGUAUCAGAUCAGAGUUAACGCUAUUGCACGAGGCCUUCACCUGGAUGAUGAAUUCCCAUUAUCAGUGGGAAGGGAAAGGGCGGAGAAGUUAGUGAAGGAGGCAGCACCACUUGAGAGAUGGCUUGAUGCUAAGAAUGAUCUUGCUUCUACAGUCAUCUAUCUAAUCAGUGAUGGGUCAUGUUACAUGACAGGAACAACUAUAUUUGUUGAUGGAGCACAGUCUAUAACUAGGCCUAGGAUGCGCUCCUUUAUGUGAUUGUUUUCUCACAGCUUCCACUGUAAGGAUCCUUUUAAGGCAUGUUUGUUCAUGCAUCUGAUCUAUUUAUCCUUGUGCAUAGGUCAUGAUACAAUUUAUCAAAAACAAUACCAAAUUUUGGGUUUGGUUGCAAUCUUUUGCCAUGCUCAUAGAUAUUAAAUAAAUUUAUUGAAGUUAUAAUUUGUUUUA